AUGGUCGCUGGCGGCCUCGCUCCCACGGGACUGGCCGCUGGGCCACAUGGAGGGGCCGCUGCAGGUGGGGAUGUCUCUCUGCACAACUUCAGUGGGAGACUGUGGGGGCAGAUCAUCCAUUUCCAUGUCAUGCAGCUGAUGGACUCACUCUUCCUAUGGGUGUGGGCCACGCCGCACCUGCGCAACCUCACAAUGACCAUGUGCAACCGCUACGAUUCCAUCCCCGUGUCUACCUCCCUCCUUGGAGACACUUCUAACAUGACCUCCAUUGGCUUCGCCCAGCGCUUAGCCAGAAAGACCAACAAACAGGUGUUUGUCAGCUAUAACCUUCAAAAUACAGACAGUAACUUUCCAUUACUGGUACAGAACAGGAUCAAGGAAGAAAUGAAGGCUUUUCAGGAAAACUUCUGGCACAGUGGCAGAAUGAAGGAGGUGGCUCAGCUGUGGUGGCGAUGA